CUCUCUCUCUCUUCCCCGUGCCUUUCUUUCUCUUCCUUAUCUUUCCCUCACCACACCACACCAGAGUUUCACCUUCUGUUCCUCUCUUGAAGCUCGCGCCCUCUUCACGAGCACAUCCUCUUAUCUCCCCCACCCCCCCUCCCUCUCCCUCUCUUUCUCUCCCACUAAUUAUUUCCACUAGUACUACUGGUACUGUACUAGUGCUACUAUUCCCACCACUAUUUUAUGGUUAUUUUAUUCUCAAGAUUUCCCUGAGAAAAAUUUCCCAAAUAUUGUAAAGUAGUGAUGCGAAAAACCAAGCAAACCACGAGAGACUUCCGAACUCGUCCACUCGAUAUCAUCCAGGUUUCUUGAACCAAUUGCUGCUCCUGGUCCAAAAAUUAAAGCGAAAAAACCUUCCAUUUUAUCCCGAGCGCCCAAAAUUUCCGAUGAAAAUGAAAAGGGAUCGCAACCGUGACAAAGGGGAGGCUUCAUCCUCAUCCAUGGUCAAAAUCCACCUCCCAACGCCCUCCCCACCUCCCCCUUUCUCCACCAAAACUAAGAUGUGGGAAGAAGAGCAGCAACAAGCUGCAGAUGCGGGGAUGGACGAGCUUUUGGCGGUGUUGGGGUACAAGGUUAAGUCCUCAGACAUGGCGGAGGUUGCCCAGAAGCUGGAGCAAUUGGAGAGGGUCAUGGGGACGACUAUGGAAGAUGGGAUUUCCUGUCUCUCUGAUACUGUUCAUUACAACCCUUCUGAUCUUUCCGGAUGGGUCCAGAGCAUGCUGUCUGAACUCAACAACGUUAAUUUGCCCCCUUCUUCUGCAACGAGUAUUAUCAGCUAUGACGAAAUUUCACCUGCUAUUGGCGGUACUGACGGUGCUACUAAUGAUAGAGAUUUGAUUUUUGAUGAUGAUUUGAGAGCUAUUCCAGGUGAUGCUAUUUUCUGUAACAGCAAUAACAAUAAUAAUAGUGCUACUAGUAAAGAAAAUGCCAAAGAAUCGUCGCCUUCUUGCGAGUCCAACAAGAGGAUGAAAUCCUCCCCCUCAAGUACUGGGUCUGAUUUUGGUGGGAUAUCGGUUUCUUCAAUCAAUCCUCCAUCUUCAGACGCAGCUAGGCCUGUAGUUCUCGUGGACUCUCAAGAAACAGGCAUCAGACUUGUCCAUACUUUAAUGGCUUGUGCUGAAGCUAUUCAGCAGGAUAAUAUGAAGGUUGCAGAUGCACUCGUCAAACACAUAGGAAUUCUAGCAGUCUCACAAGUAGGCGCCAUGAGAAAAGUUGCUACUUAUUUUGCCGAGGCCCUAGCUCGAAGGAUUUACAAAAUCUACCCACAAGAUUCCCUCGAAUCAUCCUACUCAGAUGUCCUUCAGAUGCAUUUCUACGAGAGCUGCCCUUACCUGAAAUUCGCGCAUUUUACUGCUAAUCAGGCUAUUCUUGAAGCAUUCAGUGGAGCGAGCAGGGUCCAUGUUAUUGAUUUUAGUCUGAAACAGGGGAUGCAAUGGCCGGCUCUCAUGCAAGCUCUGGCUCUAAGGCCAGGCGGGCCACCGGCUUUUAGGCUAACCGGGAUUGGCCCGCCUCAGCCGGAUAACUCAGAUGCAUUGCAGCAAGUGGGGUGGAAGUUGGCGCACUUGGCAAAAACAAUCGGGGUGGAGUUCGAAUUUCGGGGAUUUGUAGCCAAUUCUUUAGCUGAUCUUGAUGCUUCCAUGUUGGAAAUCAGGCCGUGUGAGGUUGAAGCUGUAGCUGUUAAUUCUGUUUUCGAGCUGCAUAGGCUGUUGUCUAGGCCUGGGGCAAUCGAUAAAGUGCUGAAUUCGAUCAAAUCCAUGAGGCCAAAAAUCGUGGCGGUCGUGGAACAAGAAGCUAAUCAUAAUGGGAAUGUUUUCAUGGACAGGUUUAAUGAGGCGUUGCAUUAUUAUUCAACAAUGUUUGACUCGUUGGAGAGCUCCGGGUUGACUCAGCAGUCCAACAGCCAGGACUUGGUGAUGUCUGAAGUGUAUCUGGGGCGGCAGAUUUGCAACGUGGUGGCCUGCGAAGGCGUGGACCGAGUUGAGCGCCACGAGACCUUGACUCAGUGGCGGGGGAGGAUGAACUCGGCCGGGUUUGACCCGGUUCACCUGGGAUCCAACGCGUUCAAGCAAGCGAGCAUGUUGUUGGCCUUGUUUGCCGGUGGGGAUGGGUACCGGGUGGAGGAGAACGAUGGGUGCUUGAUGCUAGGUUGGCACACUCGUCCGCUGAUUGCUACCUCUGCGUGGCAACUCAGGGACGGGAGUGAGUCGUCGUGAGUCAACUCGGCGGUUUGGUUUGGUUUGGUUUUUUACUACUGAGUCAACUCGGUGUGGGGUACGACUGAGUCGUGGUCAACUUGUUGAAUCGGGCCAACUCAGCAGCUAUCCGCUGACUCUCCCACCACGGAGUACGAGUGCGGUAUGCUGAGUUGGCGAGGGGGUGGUGGUGUGGGGGCGAUGGUGGGAGGGACAUUGAGAGAGACUGACCUAAACGAGUCAAGUCCUGUCUUUUACUUUUUUUCACCUCUACAACUACAAGUCAGCCUUUUCUUUUUCUUCUUCUUCUCCUUUUUUUAAUUAUUAAAUGUUUUUUUAAACCCUUUUUCUUUAAUGUUGGAUUUUAUUUUUACCCUGUGUUAAUUUUUUUUUCCUUUUUUUUUGUGGGUUCGUGUACUUGGCUAGAUAUUGCCCCUUUUUUUUUUUUUUUUGCCUCUCCGUCAAUGUGAUGAGUGGUCAAAUGAGACAAUGACCCGAUGCCACUGUGUAUCUAUAUUUGACGUUAAUAAAAUGUGAGAGUUACCCCACUUUGGGUUGCAUUUUUAA